AUGUCUACUCCAGCAUCUAAUUCGAUGGAUAUUUUGACAGAAUAUCUCGGCUUCCCACCAAUAUCAUUAAUCGAUGAUAUUCUUAAUUUUAUCAAUGAAACAAUGCUCAAAUGUACCUUUGCAUUGGAAACGUAUUUAAUGUCGCAUAAUGUCGUAGAUGGAAUUGAUUAUUCUAAUGAGAUCUCAUCAGGUAUCGAAAAAUACGAAAAUAUUUUAACUAAAUCUAUCGAUAAAAAUUUCGAUAAAUUGGAACUAUAUUUACUACGAAACGUGCUACAUAUCCCACAAGAUAUAGUCAAUGCAGAUUCUUUUAGAUCUGUCGAUCAAAUGGAUUUAAAUUAUGUUAAUGAAUUUCAAAAGAAUUUAAUAGAUUCCCAAAUAAAAGAUAAGCUGAUGGAAAUUACAGAGUUGAUUGAAUCAAUACGAUCCAUUAAAUUACAAAUUCUCAAACUAAACAAAUUAAAAGUUAGGAUAAUGAAUUUUAAAGACAUUUUAAACAAAAUCCUUUCAAUUGACCCUUCAAUUAAUGCGGAUAAAAAAUCAAAAAUGCUUUUAGAAUCUAUAUCCCCAAUUAAAAAGACUAUAAAAUUAUUAAUUAAUGAACUAAAAGAGUUGGUUUUAAUUAAUGAGGAAAAUUCUUCGUUAGAAAGAAUACGAGACAUAACUAAUACACAAUCCAACCUAUUGAACUCCGAAUUAACAAGAAAUAAUUAUUUGUCAUCAACAUUAGAUACAGUGAAAGAUUCAAAGAUGAAAGAUUCUAUAGUUGAUGCAAAUUCAAUAGAACAAGACAAUGGGCACAUUCUUCCUAAGAUAUCAAACCCCAGAUUAGACUUACUGUAA